AUGAGCGAACAGCAGCUCCCCAUUGCGCGAUCCGAAGAUGCGAUGCCUGCCGAUCUUUCUUCCUUCAACGUCACCGAUCUCCUCAAGACGCCGCACAAUGCGCGCCUCCAUAAAGAAGUGCAGAACCUCAAGAAGCUCAUCAACGAGCUUGUAGACUACCAGCUUGCUCACCCAAAGAACCCGAAGUCGGGUUCGCGCGAAGAUAUAGAUCAGGAGAAGAAAGCUACGCAAGAGAUUCAGAAGAGGGAGAAGUACAUUCGCGCGCAACUGUCAAUUGUCAAAACUCUCUACCGCCAAAGCGUAUUAAAAGUGCGCGAGGAGAAGGCGAAGACAUCCGAUGACAGGGCUGUGAAUGAUGCGCUGAUUCUGGGCCUUCACAAUCUCAAGUAUGAGGAGCAGUCGCUGCGUUCUGAGAUUUCUGCUGCCGAGAACUACGACCACAAAUAUAUGAAACUGCCACUUAUCUCUCGCGAAGAGUUCCUUGAACAGUUUCCCGAACACAAGGAAUCGACCGAACACGACCUCAUGACCGCGCGCAUCGAGCACGAACACCAAGUCCGUCUCAAGCUCGAAGAGGCACGACAGGAGAAGCUCAAGCAGAAGCAGAAGCUCAUCGCAGAGGUCAAGAAGGGGAAGGACGAUCUCACAAAGCUAGAUACCAUGGUCGAGAAGUUCAUCGAGGCUGCAGAACCGAUCAAGAGAGUGCUGGCCACGGAGUAA